AUGAAUUUAGAGUCCAUUCAUCGAUUAAUUGAGGAAACACAAAUCUUCCAGAUGCAGCAGUCAUCAAUUAAACAACGCUGUGAGAUGGUACCACCUGCCUUAUCCCCCAGGGAUACCUGUAAUUGCAACUUGCCAUAUUAUGGGCUACAAUCUCAUGCUGCCCACAAUUUCUGUGCUCACUCAUAUAACACCAGUGGAUGGGAUAUUUGUGAAGAACUUCGCCUGCAUGAACUUGAAGAAGUCAAGGCCAGAGCUGCUCAGAUGGAAAAGACCAUGCGGUGGUGGUCAGACUGCACUGCCAAUUGGAGAGAAAAAUGGAGUAAAGUUCGAGCCGAAAGAAACAGUGCCAGGGAGGAAGGAAGACAACUCAGAAUAAAAUUAGAGAUGACAAUGAAAGAACUGAGUGCACUGAAAAAGCAACAAAGUUUGCCACCUCAAAAGGAGGCAUUGGAAGCUAAUGUUACCCAGGACCUGAAGCUUCCUAGUCACAUAGAAGUGUCCUAUGAACACAGAGACCAAUUCCAAAUGAGUUCACAAAAGUGUGAUUCUGUCAGAGGGUGUUUGGUAAAAAGACAAUUUCCUACAAAGGAGAACACAAAUAGUAAGGAAGAAAGUGUGGUUAUUGACUCAUUAAGAUUAAAUGAGGAAAUAAAUCCCAAUCUAGAUUUAUACAAGAAUGGUCGUUCUGGAAACUGUGUAAUGAAACCUGGGCUAAGAGGACAGGCAAUAAAUCUGUCAUUGGAAAAUGAAAUAACUGAAAUUGCAGCUUUGCAGGUACAUUUGGAUGAGUUCCAAAAAAUCUUAUGGAAGGAAAGAGAAACACGCACAGCUUUGGAAAAAGAAAUAGAACGACUGGAGUCAGCUUUGUCUCUAUGGAAAUGGAAGUAUGAAGAACUGAAAGAGUCGAAGCCAAAAAACGUGAAAGAGCACCCUUGCCUUCUUCUCUGGUGGACGUGGAAUAGCUGUGGAAAUAUUUGGAAUCUUGCCACAGUGAAGUUGAGUUGA